AUGGUUAAUACUUUUGCAAAAGAAGCAAGAUUGUUCAGGAAAGGUUUAUUAAAAUCAAAAAGGUUGUCGCUUCAGUCACACAGAAGAAAUAAGCAAACAGUGGUGGUUUCUACAGUUCAAAUCAAUGAUGCUGUCACUGGUAAGGAUGCAAGAUUUACCAGGAAACAGAUUUUGAAAGGUCAGUUAGAUGGAGGUAUGCAUUCAGAUACCGUACAACCUCAAAAGCAUUCAGUAAAUAUAUCCAAAGCGGAACGUAUCAGUGCUAAACAUUCAAGAAUGUUAAGAAAUAACAAAUUAUACCGGAUCAGAAUGGAUAAGAAGUUGAAACUUCAGUCAGCCAUUAUUCAAAAUUCGAUAACACCAUCAAACUGUUCUGUAUCAGAUGGAACUGUUAACAAGUCAAGAUCCAACAUGAAGUAA